GUGGAAAAUGAAGGAGAAUGAAAGCGUUGAAGCAUUCAUUGUUGAACUCGGUUCUGUUGCUCCCAAGAGGUAUUCAUAUUCAGAGAUAAAGAAAUUAACCAACUCAUUCACAGAGAAAUUGAGUCAAGGAGGAUAUGGCAGUGUAUUCAAGGGAGAAUUACCAGAUGGCCAUGUUAUAGCAGUGAAGGUACUCAAUAAAUCCAAAGGGGAUGGACAGGAAUUCAUCAAUGAAGUUGCUAGCAUUAGUAGAACUUCUCAUGUCAGUAUUGUCACUCUAAUAGGGGUUUAUCAUGAAAGGUCUAGAAGAGCUCUGAUAUAUGAAUUCAUGACCAGUGGAUCUCCGGAUAAGUUCAUUUAUCAUCAAGGAUCCGUAGAAAGAAGCCAUCAGCUUGAGAUUAAGACACUGUUUGAAAUUGUAGUGGGCAUUGCUCGAGGACUAGAAUACCUACACCGAGGUUGUAAUACAAGGAUCUUGCACUUUGACAUAAAACCCCACAACAUCCUUUUAGAUGAGAGCCUUUGUCCCAAAAUAUCUGAUUUUGGUCUUGCAAAAUUAUGCAAAACUAAGGAAAGCAUUGUUUCAAUGACAGGAGCUAGAGGAACUGUGGGAUACACUGCUCCGGAGGUAUUUUGUUGAAAUUUUGGAGGGGUUUCAUACAAUUCUGAUGUUUACAGUUACGGAAUGAUGGUCCUUGAAAUGGUUGGGGGAAGAAAGAAUUCUGUGGAAGUGUGUCAUGCUAGUGAUACAUUCUUUCCGUCAUGGAUUUAUCAUUUAUGAGCAGCUUGAAAAAGAAGAAAAAUUGAGUCUCGAC